AUGGUGAAUAGGUACUUCUUGAAGAAGCUCAAGAAGGUCAAGAAGAGUAACGGUCAGAUGCUCGCCAUUAACGAGAUCUUUGAAAAGAACCCGACAACGAUCAAGAACUUUGGAAUCUGGUUGAGGUACCAGAGCAGAACUGGAUACCACAACAUGUACAAGGAGUACCGUGACACUACCUUGAACGGUGCCGUUGAGCAGAUGUACACCGAGAUGGCGUCCCGACACCGUGUGAGGUUCCCUUGCAUUCAGAUCAUCAAGACAGCGACUGUCCCGGCCAAGCUUUGCAAGAGGGAGAGCACCAAACUGUUUCACAAUAGUAAGAUCAAGUUCCCGUUGGUGUUCCGUAAGGUGAGACCACCAACCAGGAAGCUCAAGACCACCUACAAGGCCUCUAAGCCCAACUUGUUUAUGUAAUGAAGUUGUCCUAUCUUCUGCUUUUGCUUCUUUCUCGGAUAUUUUUGUUUACUUUAGGCCUAUCAAUGGAACUAAACUCGACUUUCUUUGGAUUUUGUGGUUUUUGUUACUUUCAUGCUUAUGAAAAACACCUUUUGUUUCUUAUUUUA